GCGUCAAAUUGCUGCUUGUUGGGAGAAUAGCCAGCUCUGGGCAAGAUGAAGGUUUUCGCGCUUCUGCUGUUAGCUGGAGUUUCUCUUGCUCAUCGCGGUAGAGGAGGUGAUCGUGACAUGCUCAAGAUUGACCCAGAGGACCCCCGUUUCGUGAAAGGUUACAAACCGCUGAACACUUAUACCUACGAUUAUUGGGCGUGUGUAACCAGCGGUUUCCCAGAAACUGAGAGGCGGUUUGCUGGCCUGAAGAUCACAUGUGAAACAGAUUUCGUGAUCUACUCAGAGACACGUGCAUUUCUCAAGAUCAGAAACCCUAUCCUGUAUGAAGUAAAUGGAACAUCGCAAUACUGCAAGUCUCGAUACGGUGGCUCGCUGAAGAUCUCCCCAGUCUCCGAGGAGCUCGCACCUCUUCUUGAGCGUCCAAUUGAGUUUGAAUACAAAGAAGGGAAGGUUGGAAAGAUUUACUGCAGCGACGAGGAGCCAGAAUACAUCUUGAACAUCAAAAGAGGAAUUCUCUCUAUUCUUCAUCAUAACUUCACCAAACCCGAGCUUUCCAUUGACGAUAAAGAGCCACGAAUGUACAAGAACUGGGAGUUUGGCUCACAUGGAAUGUGUGAAAAUUUGUACGAUGUGCGAUAUAUCCCGGAGACCAAGACGAUCAAAGAAAUGCAAGUCUCCAAGAUCUUAAACAUGAAAAACUGCACAGGAAAACCACGAGUGUUUUCUAACGUUCCUGGAGUUCGUUGCCUCAACAACAGCUGCAACAUCGACGAGCCAUUGAAGAUUUCCGUGUCCUCGUCAUGUGAUCUGCUGGGAUCGGAAGACAAUUUCGUGGUGAAGAAAUGUAAUGUAGAGGGAAAAUACAUUUUUACGCCAACGCAGAUGAAAGGAAGUGGAAUGACUUUAACUAAACAAUAUGUGACGUUUAAAGAAGUGAAGGCUGAAUCAGAGAGCUAUGAAGUUGGAGGUGACAUUCCGAGGACACUUGAAAUGACAUAUUAUGACGAGGAAGACAAACCGCUGACCGAGAAGGAAAGGAGUGAAAUUGCCAUGAAGACGGAGAAGAUGAUGGAUUCUCUCGUCAAGAGUGUGGAGCAGAAGGAGUGGAAGGCAUGGAAAUUCACUGCUUUGGUGGAAACCUUACGCAAGGUCGACAAACAAACACUUCUGGAGAUGUGGGAACACUGUUACAAUGACGACAAGCACAGGCAAUGGUUCCUGGAAGCGCUGCCUUAUGUCUACAAGGAGGAAGUGUUUGAACUCAUUGCGGAGAAAAUCUACACACGAGAUCUGGAACCGAAGCUGGCAGUCCCAGUUCUUCGCGGUCUGGCUUUAACCACCAACGCAACCGAAAAAAUGUGUCAGGACAUUUCGGAUCUCUGCUCUCGUGCUGCCGUGCAAGAAGACGAAGCUCUGAAAAUGACCUGCUACCUUACAUCGGGAGCUUUGAUGCAUGAAUACUGCAAGAAAAAGGAUCAUACCUGCCUCACUGACAAAGCAACGGAGCUAAAGAACCGUUUGCUGACCGCCAAAUACCAGGAAAAGAUGUUCAUUUUGAAAGCGAUCGGUAAUUUUGGACACAAAACCCUCUACAAACCUCUCCUAGACAUCAUUCAAGACCACAAGAACACACUGGAGUUACGCGUGACAGCAGUUUACGCCUUGAGAAGAAUUGCUCCUAAAGUCCCACAAAAGGUACUACCAGUGCUGUUACAGAUUUUCCGUCAACCUUUGAUUGACACAGAACUGCGCAUGGCUUGUUUCGUUAUCAUGUGUGACUGCAAACCAGGUCCAGCGGUGUUCAACCUGAUUACCAAGCAGCUCUUUUACGAGCGCACCAAUCAAGUGCGAUCAUUCGUGGUGUCUUACAUCAAGGGGAUGGCAUUCUCUAAAUAUCCUUGCGAUGAAAGGAUGGCUUCAACAGCAAGAGUUGCUCUCCGAAUGCUCAGAAAGUACAAGUUGAGUUUCUUGAGCUCCAAAUGGCUCCACUUUGGCGAAUACUCCGAGCUUCUUCAAAUGGGCGGAUCAGUGGAUCUCCAGAUGAUUUCGACGCCAUCAAGUAUUAUCCCCAGAGCUCUCAACACUAAAGUCAAGAUGCAGGUCCUUGGAAAGUCUCUCAAUUUGUUUGAGACUGGUGUCAGAGGUGAAGGAAUACAAGAACUGCUUCAGCGUGUAGUAGGACCCCGAGGACAUUACAGCAAGGAAAAAUCUCUGUUUGGUUUGCUCAGGCCAAGGCGGAGUUUGAAUAAAAACUUAAACGACAAAGAACUCAAGGAAAUACAAAAACUGCUUCCAAUCACUGAAUACGAAGAAGAGAAGGCGAAAGGCUCGUUUUACUUCAAAGUUCUUGGCAAGGAAUUGAUUUACAACUACUUCACUUAUGAUGACGUCAAAGAGUUGAUCGAAGAUGGAGUCAUUAGGGUUAACAACGAUCUCAAAGAUAUGCUAAAGAAAGGUAAAAACUGGAACAUGACCAAAGUAUUCGUACCUGUUGAGGUGAAGUUUUACCAGCCCUCAUGUGUCGGUCUUCCUUUGAAAUUCUCUCUGGAAAGUGUUUUGUUCCUGCGGGUGAACACUACCGUUAAAGCUGAAGUUCAACCAAAAUUCUUUAUUCCUCUUCCUGAUCAAGUGACAGUCAGUGGAAAGAUAAAUGUCAGUGUCUUGCACUCCACGUGGGGAAAAAUGAAGGUUUGCCUGCCUCAACUUGAGACGGGCUGCAAAAUGAAAAUGAAGAUUAAUAUGACAACAAGUCUAGGAGGCAGUCUGCAAUGUAAACUCAAAGAUCAGAGUUACACUACAGAGCUUGAUGUGCCAAAGGAAAGACAGGAAAUUUUCUCAACAGAGUAAGCAUAUAUUUCGGACCCUU